GGAGGAGGAGGAGGAGGAGGAGGAGGGAGCCGCGGAAGGCAGAUGCGUUGCUGUUCCUGUAGAGACUUCCUUGCUUCACCUCAGACCUAUGUGACUCUGGUGGAAGGAUCAUGACUGAAGUCCUCUUCUCUGCUGCUUUGAAUGGAACUGAGCCCAACCUGUUCUCCAGCAGCGGCUGGUCUGCGGGAAACGCCACCACCAAGUGUUCCCUGACCAAAACUGGCUUCCAGUUCUAUUACCUGCCCACCGUCUACAUUCUCGUCUUCAUCACUGGGUUUUUGGGCAACAGCGUGGCCAUCUGGAUGUUCGUCUUCCACAUGAGGCCUUGGAGCGGCAUCUCGGUUUACAUGUUCAACUUGGCGCUGGCCGAUUUCUUGUACGUCUUGACUCUGCCUGCCCUCAUCUUCUACUACUUCAAUAAAACGGACUGGAUCUUCGGAGACAUCAUGUGCAAGCUGCAGCGGUUCAUCUUCCACGUGAACCUGUACGGCAGUAUUUUGUUUCUAACUUGCAUAAGCGUGCACAGGUACACGGGGGUGGUGCACCCCCUGAAGUCGCUGGGGAGGCUGAAGAAGAAGAACGCGGUGUACAUCAGCACCCUGGUCUGGGUCGUUGUGGUGGCCGUGAUUUCCCCGAUACUCUUCUACUCGGGAACGGGGAUAAGGAAGAAUAAAACCACGACGUGCUACGACACAACAGCCGAUGACUACCUGCGAAGUUACUUCAUUUACAGCAUGUGCACCACGGUGCUUAUGUUCUGCAUCCCAUUCAUCCUGAUUCUUGGUUGCUAUGGGCUCAUUGUGAAAGCUCUGAUUUACAAAGAUUUGGACAAUUCUCCUCUCAGGAGAAAGUCGAUUUACCUGGUUAUCAUUGUGUUGACGGUCUUUGCUGUGUCUUACCUCCCCUUCCACGUGAUGAAGACCUUAAAUCUAAGAGCCAGGGUGGAUUUUCAGACCCCACAAAUGUGUGCCUUCAACGAUAAGGUUUAUGCCACUUACCAAGUGACGAGGGGGCUGGCCAGCCUCAACAGCUGCGUCGACCCCAUUCUUUACUUUCUGGCAGGCGAUACCUUUCGAAGGCGCCUUUCCAGGGCGACCAGGAAAUCGUCCAGAAGAAGUGAACACAACGUGCAGUCCAAAAGCGAGGAGAUGACUCUCAAUAUUUUAUCAGAGUAUAAACAGAACGGAGAUACCAGUUUGUGAACAAAUGCAAAAGAUUUGGGAACAGUUUGGAAAAAAUCCUCCGCUCGGAGACAGUAGGACACUGUAGUGCUACAAGUGUGUGAGGAAAAUCUACCAGUCUCUCAGAUUCAUUUUAGGUAAAGCCUCGUUUUCUGAUCUUAGAAAAAGCUUGACAAAGUCAGUGGAAGAAUUUGAAUGGAAAAUAACGUGUCAAAAUUCAGCUUUCCUUCUGCUUGCAAUAUUCUCAUUUCUUUCUGACUUGUGUCAGAUAAAGUAAAAUGAAGUAAAUCCCCUAAAGGAAGCAAGCAAUCCAAGUACUUCUGGUUUAAUGACUUAGUCUCCCACGUUCAAAAAGGCUCUCAAACAGCCUCUCUUUAAAAGUAGGAAAUAAAGAUAAGAAAGAGCAGUGUCUUCUCUUCCGAGGCUCAGUCCACACACCUGGCCUUUCGCUCACUUGCCGUUGUAAACAAGUAUUUAAAUCAAAGUCACGAUGCAGUUAUCUCACCUUUUACAGUUUUAUUAUUUCUUCAUCUACUAGUGUUGAUAAUUAUUUGAUAGUUCGGUAGCAUUUAUGAUUCAGUCUUCUUUGAGUGCCGGUGUUUUACAAGAGGUAGGCUUACUGAUGUGUGCAUGAUUACGCUUUCAGAUUACGAUGGUUGUUCAUGAAAAAUCUGGACACACCCCACCCCCCACCCCCCCCCAUUAAAAGGCAAAUUGGCUUCCAGGUGACCCGAGCCCUCCGCGGCUGGCAGACAGAUAAGCGGGUCUCUGCCUGCUUCGCACCUGCACGUGUUUCGCCAGCGCCGGUGGCGGGAGCCUCGCUGGAGUUCUUUACGGGUAAAAACGUGCAGAAACGCCUCUGCUGGAAAUAACCGUACCUUUCGGACGAGUGGAACGGCGGUCGCUCGAGUUACCCGCGUUUUCAUUUGGUAUGAGAAUGUUUCUGUUCCUGGUGGUCUUUAGGGAUAACGUAAGAGUUGUCUCCCCAGAAAAUAAUUAUUAAAAUGGGUAAUAUAAAUGGAUUAUAUAUUAUAUAUAUAUAUAUAUAAAAAAAAAAUAACUGGGGGGAAUUAAUUUUUUUGUACUGUGACAAAUAAAUUACUGUAUUAACAAGAUAUUGCAACAUACUACAGGCUAAAUCCGGCCCUUUAUUACAUAUCUCCUCCAAACGUGGAACAGGUCGUCCAAAAUUAGCCAAACUGCAAUAUUGUGUAACUCAAGAGCUAGUGAUCAGAGCACAGAUGAAAUCGUACAUGGGCAGUCAUUCAUUUCUCGUAUUUUUAAGAAAUGUAUUUGAAAAUAUUGUGUGCUAAAAAUGAUAGGAAAGCAUGCUCUAAAUAAUAAAUCUAGUGUACAAAAUGAAGUUCUAUGUAAACCUAAGGGUGAUUUUUAACAGAUCUUAGUUCCUCCAGUCUUAAUAGUAAAAUAUUUAUAUUUUACUUACUAAUUUCCAGUGAUUGGUAACAGAAAAGAAUAGCUCUAGUUAUUUUUUUUGACAACAUUGUAAAGCAGCUUCUGUUCACACGUACAGCUUCUUAAUCUGCAAAAUCCCUAUUUAUUGAACUUAUUUAUUGGAAAGUUAAAUGUAAAGUAUGUAAAGUGUGGUACUCUGUGGUCAUAUUCAGAAUUGGGCAUUAAUGGAAAAUUUAACAGCAUGUUUCAAUCACGGUAAUACUGUGUCUUCUAACAGAACAUCUUUAUAAUAAACUCAAUUCCACCCUGACUAUUCACUGUUGAUAUGUAACCUAGUGAUAAAUUAAACUACUGAUUUAUAGCCUAGAGAUAAGUUAAACUACUGCUUAGGAAGCAUAGCUCCUUAAAGCAGUGUUAAGAUCUCAUUGAGCCCUAUAGGAUGAAAAAUGUAGAGGUAGUGAAGAAAUCCCAAGCAAGGGUCAAUUGCUAAUUAAUCCCUCCUGACAAAAGACUGUGGAACAGCACAGCCUAUUUAUAUCCCUGGAGAGUGAGCCUGAUUCACAAUAAAUGACUUCUCCUAUUAUGUGAUUGUUUGAGACUUCAUUCAACUGAGCCAUGUCCUGGCUGGAAUGGCAGAUGAGUUAAAUUGAGAGAGAGCAUAAAAAUAGGAUAUUCUCUGAAUCUGCUCUGCUAGGUUUAAAAUCGUAUUCGUUUCCCAGCGUUUCGUGGUCUAUUUCUCUCUUUCAGUUAGGAAAUAAAAUGUUCCACUAAUUCAUGUCUGAAAAAAGAUCCUAAACAGAUGCAGCAGAAUGUAAAAACCGCACCCCCAGGUUGGUCCUCAUGUAGUUACUUGCAGCCUUCUCGCAAUAUGUCUCUUUAAUAUGGCAAAGCUGGCAGGCUAGGACAGCGUGCGUGAGCUCGGAGAGCCACAACCCCGGGGCCGGGCGGGAGCGGAGCGCCCGCCGUGGCUCUACCCGUGAAAGCUCGCUCUGCCUCGCCUCGCCUCGCCUCGCCGAAGAGCACGGCGUCCCCCACUUCAUCACCGAGGUCCGUGCUGGGCACUGAUUUGAUGAAGAUCGCUUUCGCUGACGGUCGGCCGUGGCAGGGAACCGCACUCGGCACCUUCUCCUCACGGGAGCGUACCGGAGCCUCCCACCGAACGGCGAGAAGGAUCAUUAAACACAUUUUCCACACGGUUUGUUUCCCAUCUUUCAGCCCCGGUGACCGGGAGCGCUCGCACCUCAACCCGCGUGCUGCUCCGGCGCGACUCCCCGCCGUACACCCCCCCGGCAUGCCGCAGCCUCCUCUCAGUCCCGCUGGAACGUGACGCCGUGCCUCGCAAUCGCCCGAGAAGUUCCCGCUCUCUUUCCCAGCGCUGCUGGACCGGGCGCGGAGCCGUCGGCACCCGCAGCCUGGCGGGAUCGUGGCCGUUGGGCCAUCCCGUCGGCGAGGACGCCGCUUCGACGCGGGGGGACUGGGCAGCACCGGGACAAAAAGCAAGCAGGUCUUCUGUGCUGGCUGGAGCCGUUAGCUCCUGGGCAACUCGGCAAGUCUGUCUGUUGUUAAAUAUUUGCCUUUUGGCCCUUAUCCUUGCCGUAACGUAUUUGUGGAAGCCAAGCAGCCCGCCAACCUUAGGUGAUCCCUGCCUUUAUCCGUAAACCUCUGCCAUGGAUGUAGUCGAAGAAGCCUCUCCGGAACCCACUCGACAGCAGUUUCUUUCUGAUCUAUCCAAUAUGCAAAGAGAAUGCAAUCUCAGCUACAGCCUUUGGGCUGUUAAUUAAUAAUCAAUGAUGACGAUGGGUUGCGUUUACUGGGAACGGGAUUCAGCUCAUCGCCUCCCUACAGGAAGACCACCUAAAAGUUCCACCUUUUCCUGUUUUGCUACAUUAGCCUUCGACUAGCAAAUGAGAGUAAACAUUUUAUGAUUUCAUGGUCAUGCUUUUAACCUUUUCUUCCUCUGGGUGUAUCUGGGAAUCUUUUAAUAACUACAAAUCAUUCGCUGAAGACACCAAAAGGUUUGGAGUAAAUAGCUAUUUAGAGCUUAAGUUUUGCCAAAGCAUUGUACUAUGAUCCACGCUGAAACAAAUUCUUAUUCAUUAGCUAUAUUUUGCUUCCUCUGGCUCACAGGGUUAAUUUUUUUUUCUAAUUUAUGCCCAUUAAUCCUUACAUAUGGUAAUCUCUAACACAAAAUGAAAUCGGUAAGAAACCUACGCAUGAUCUGCUGUCAGUUUGUACGUUUUCAUCACACAGCACCACGGGUUGUUGUUGUUGUUGUUGUUUUAAUCCAGUUCAUACGACACCGAGUUAACAAAGUCACGCUCAGCCCUAGGGACCCAGCAGUGCCUUGCCUGACCCUGCUCUCAGCAGGAGGGUGCCCUGGCGAGCUGCCUCCCCACCCCAAUUCCCCAGCACCCCGGCGAGCUGCCUCCCCACCCCAAUUCCCCGGCCGUGGGGACCUGUGGGACCAUCCCCGUGGCUGGCGGCCAGCGCGUGAGCGCCGCGGAGCAUCCUGCCUCUUCUCACCCGAGGACAGGGCCUGAAGAUUCGUUCCCACAGCGUGGACCCCCCCAGACUAAACCCCCCGGGGCCGUGCUGUAUGAGCCCAGCGAGGGGCCACGCCGAGUCUUCCCCAGCCUGGCAUCCUCCCCUGGCUGGCUGAGGAAGGACAAGGAGGGGGGACACGGGGAGCCUGCGGAGCACAGGGCGCCCCACGGAAAGGGCUGGUCUUCCCCACUGCCACCCGCCGAUGGUCCGAGCUGGACAGGCAGGUCUGGAGCAGGGGAACACGCUGGCCCCGGGGGUGCCAGGAGGCACAAAAACCUGCUAAUUGCCUUUCUGGGAUUCUUUUUUUUUUUUUUUUUUCCCCCCCACGUUGCUAGUUUUUGUCUUCAGCUUGGUCCAGAACAAAAACAUUAAUAGAGAGUGAAAUGUCUUAACACAGGUAUUACUUAUUUGUGUGAUAAGUUCAUUAUUUUUUCAAGUCUACGCCUUCCUGUUUGUCACCUGCAGUGGUUAGUCCUCUCCUCUGGUAAGCUUUCUGAAGGGAGCUCUAGGCCUGAAGCUGAAUUUGAAUACGAAAAACGUGUUCCAAGCUCCUGAGCAGCCAUGUUCAACUACUGCCAGUUGCAAACUGGGGAGGGACCAGUGGAGCUGCAGGGGGAAAUGCUGACCCGUGGGUGGAAGUUGGUUUAAGAUGGACACUAAAAGCCCUUAAGUUUGUUUGUUUUUUUUUUUAAAAAAAAAAAAAAACACGGCAACUAUAGCUGCUUGAAUAGGACGGUUUCACCCUGCUUACAUUCGCUGUAUUAUUUCUAACUUCAGGUGCUUUGCACUGAAUCAGAAUCUACUACAGAAUAGUAUUUCUGGAGCCUAACUGUACUGGCACCAUAGUUUCAAAUACUUUGAAGACAGACGACUUGUGAAUUAAAACCACUACUUGUUUUGUGGCUGUGAAUUACAGUGUGUUUCAAGGAUAUAUGUGAAAAUGUUUAUUUUUCUAUCGUACUGUGAUUUUAAUAUUGUUGAGUAAGUUCAAUUUUUGUGUAAAUACUAGUGAAAUUUGACUGCGAUAGCUGCAGAGACAGUGCUACUUGGUAUUUAAGCUCAGGUUAUGUAACUGCUUUAAUUAAAUAGUAGUAAAAAAAAAUCCCCUUAUUUGUCUAUAAUUUUAACAACUAAAAAGACUUUGUUUUUUAAUAAAGCACGAGGUUGUUUGCAUGUACAUUUACUGUUAGGCAUGGCUUUUGAAGUUGUAACUAUUUUUAGUGGCAGCAGAACUGCAGCCACAGAGUUACUGGCACUGUACCUAGCAACCUCACUUUGAAACCGCUCCAAUAAAAUUAUGAAACACUU